AUGGAGGUGUCCUGCAGCAUUGCUGACAAGCCACAGACAUUUGACUACUUCACAGAGCGUUACUACCACCAAUAUGUAGUGAGAAACUGCAAAGGGGUAGAAGAUAAUAAUUGUAGGCUGUUGGUGCACAGCAAUGGGUUGUGUGUAUUAUGCCUGGACGGGUCACAUGCUGCUAUUCAGUCGCAUCGUAAGAGUUUGUGUACAGACGAGGAAUUAGAUGCAUCUCAUCCCAGAAUCGAAUCCGUCACAUUUGGUUCUGGAAGGGGAAAUGCAAAACUUGCACCACAAAACGUUUGUUUGGUGGGAAAACGCAAGAAAAACGCCACAAAAUGUCAAGAAGACACUAAUAUCUGCGUUAUAACAAUGACGGAUGGAACUUUGUACAAAAUCCCUGCAUGUGUUGCCGGAUUUGUUCUGGAGCUCAACCCCACCGUGCAAGAACGACCCGAACUUCUUGUGACGGCACCUCACGUCGAGGGCUUUAUCGCCGUCAUUUCCCCCAACUACAACAAAUUGGACCUCGGCAAGUACCAAAAAGUAUGGGAGGCAACCGGAGGAGAUGUUGUGGACGACAAUGAUGCUGACGACUGCACAAAAAAAAAAUGA